UUAUAAUUAUGUAUGUGAUGGAUAUUUAAGGAUAGAGGAUGGGAAACCUUAAGGAAAAGGUCUUGGAAAAACCUACAACGUCCUGUCAUCAUCUUUCGACGUUUUCACGACCUACUAUGUGUCUAGCAGCGUGUCUUAACUCCUUUGCUGUACUGCAUGCGGUGGGCUGGGAUAAGAAGUCGCUUUCCUGUGUUUGCUGUCCUAGUCCGUUAAGGGACACUGAAGCAUCAAUGCCGGGGGAUUGGCAGACCUACGUCGGUGGGACAUGUUUACCUGGCUACGAGCUCGUAGCCCCCCGUAUUUGUUUGAAAUAUAACUCCACUUCUGUCAACUAUACAGUGGCUGACGCUCUGUGUAAGGCCGACGGAGGGUUCCUAAUUAGAAUAGAUUCUGCUGAAAAGAACUCCUUGUUUAUAAAUUUUAUCGAAAACCAUGUUGAUGACACUUCGGGAACACAAGUUUGGGUCCAGGCCACAAAAAACGGCUCAUCCUGGUAUUUUGAUGACAACACGCGAAUAGAUUUCGAGAACUUCGGUGAUGGUGCCAAUAGCAACGGACCAAAUGAAAAAUGGGCGAGAGCUAGAGGAGCUUUAGCGUUUCAAUGGCAAGACGGUCAGGAUUCUGAUGAAUUCAGUGUUGUGUGUGAAUCAAAGACAAUGCUGUAUUGGACGUAAUAAUCAAAAUCAAAACAAUGAAAACAAUGGAUCCAAUUGAAAAAAGAUAUUCCUUUGUCAUGGAAAUUUCUACAAAUAAAAGAUUUCAAUUUAAAAAAAAA